AAUUUCAUGAAUCACGGCUGUUCCUCUGUUCUCUGUUCCUGUUAUGUUGUCUGUUUCUGUUUUACUUUUGGACUAUUGGACUUGGUAUUGAUCUGAAGUUGUUUUGUUAUGAGUAUGACAACUGACAAGAACAAUGUUUUUACAUUUCUCCAAGGAAUAUAAUAAAGUGUUGUGUUUUAAUUAAAACCAGAGCAUUAAUAGUGAUUUCUUAUAACUUAUAAUUAUAAUCCGCCACUUUUAAAAGCAUUUAAGCUCUAAUAAGACUUCCACCAUGGAGAAGCCAAAAGAGAACAUUUUCCUUUUCGUGCCAAACUUGAUCGGCUACUCAAGAGUGAUCUUGUUGAUCGCUUCGUUCUACUUCAUGCCGACUAACCACGUGAUCUCGUGCUGGCUGUACGUCAUCAGUGGUCUGCUGGAUGCAAUUGACGGUCAUGCGGCGCGCAUCUUCGACCAGAGCACCAAGUUCGGCGCCAUGUUGGAUCAGUUGACAGAUCGGUGCAGCACGACGGGUCUGUGUGUCACACUCAGCUACUUCUACCCACAAUACAUGUUCUUCUUCCAGCUCAGCUCGGCCAUCGACAUUUCCUGCCAUUGGAUCUACCUACACUCGUCCAUGCUCCAGGGUAAAACCAGCCAUAAAUUUGUCGACCUCUCAGGUAACCCGAUAAUGCGUCUCUACUACACAAACAAAUUGGUUUUGUUCUCGAUGUGUGCAGGCAAUGAGGCAUUCUAUGCAUCCCUCUACCUGAUGCACUUUACCCCCGGCCCUAUAGUGGCUGGUAUUGGUCUCUUCGAUAUUGUUUGCAUAGCUACAGCCCCAGUAGCUUUUGUGAAAACCUGCAUUUCUCUUCUGCAUGGCUAUGUUGCAUGCCAGAAUCUGGCAAUCAUUGAUCAGGAAGAACGAUCAAAGGCAAAGAAAAACUAAUAAGUUGAUAUUUUCAUUCCGUUUACUUCAAAAUUACAACCAUCACUCUCUACGAAUUGUGCACUAUCCUUUCUAUUAAUGUUUUCCAAGUACAAUUUAGUUAGUUGUAUCCAACAGCAGCUAUUCAAACCGGUAUAUUAAUCCGUUAUAUUGUAAUUAACAUGGGUAAUUUCCUGCUUUUGGAAAUGUCACUGGAUGGACACUAUUGAUUCAAUGAAAUGAAAAAAUACCCCAACUAUAAAAACCUAAUAUUAUACAUGUAUGUUUGUAUGUCUUUUUCAAGUACUAUUGACCCAUAUUUUAACUCUCGGACUUUAUCAAUGUUUUAGCUGGAUUACAGUAGUAUAACUUAUAUGUCUUUGUUAUCACAAGUGUUAGAUGUUUAGAUCAUUCAAUCUAGUCAUUCCAAAAAAAUUAGAUUGAUGCAAUCCAUGACUGAGUGCAAACUGUAGUGUAUAGUUACCAAACCUAUGAGCAAUCUAAAAAAUAACAUAAGAUGUAUGUUUUUAUAUUAUUCUUCCUAUGCCUUAGCAAAAUACGUAUUCCGUAUGUAAUCAUGUAUUCAAGCUUUUUCAAUGAAUUUUGGAGUUGCUAAGUAGAAAGUAGAUUGGAUGUCACUACUAUAAAAUUCGGUUCUAGAAACUCCAAUGUUAUUGUGAGAUAAUUUAAUUUUGAUUCAUUUAUAGAUCUGUUUUUAUCAAAUCCAUUCCAAAUUAGAAUUACAGCAUUCCAGUCGUAUUUUCCAAUAAAAUGCCAACUUAAUUUUUAUGUAAAAGAAUUAUUGAAUAAUCCGAAUUUAAAUGUUCUAUAUUUUGUUUUGAUAACACUGAUUGAAUAUUAUUAUGCUUAGUUUCCUUUCAAUUCAACUACUGUAAAAUUAAUAUUAUGUAUGACCUGUCGUGUUCAAAGUAUGAAACCUAAAUAAUUUGCACAGACAUAUGAUUAUUCUAAAUAAUUUGAGAAUUUCAUAUGUUGUGAGUUGUAGGCUACCUAUAAUAUUAUAUUAUGAGAUAGUAGCUGGUGUAGUACUUAAAAUUCAUGAUGCCAAAUCUAUCACAAUUUCAUAUUUUUUAACAUUGAUAGUAGAGGUCACCUAGUAUAUUUUUAGGAUACUAUCAAUUUCAGUAACUCAUGAUUUUUCCAAACAUGUUGUAGUAUUUUAAUUUAAGGCUUCUGAUAAAAAAGUUGUUUUAGAGUACCUAUAAAUGUUUAGUUGAUUUCUGUGAUUUAGGAUUUAUUUAUUCCAAUGUGUUGUCAUUAGAUCUAAUGAGAUUAGAUUAAAAGGUGUUUUCAAUUUCAUUUUAGUUUUAAUGUUUGAUGGAAGAUGGAUCUUAUUUUAUUAGGAAACAAUAAAUUAUCAACGUACGGUAUGUAAGAAAAAAACUAUGAAAAGUCUUUUGUAAUUUAGGUGUUAGAUUUGAGUAUCCUCCAAAAAUAAGUUCAGUAAUGAUAAUGAAUCAAUUACUUUGAAAAGUUGAAAUGAAAUGUUGUCAUUGUAAUUUGAACAUUCUGUAGUAAUUUUUUUCCAAGUUAAUUAUGUUCCAUCAUUGUUUGUUGAUAAAUUCUCUCAAAAAUUCCUAUUAUUCACAAAACGGUGUUGUAAUAAAUUAAGGAAAGGUGAUAAUUUAUGUUGAAUAUUGAUGUGUAUUAUGUUUAUGUCAAAGAGAAUAUAUUAUAUGUUCCAUUCA